AAGAAAGGAGAGGAGACACUAGAGUGGAGAGUCUGUUGAAAAGGAUCAAAGGUUUGCUCACCAAAUGUCCUCAGAAGUUUGGAAAAGACACAUGGCUCAAUUGGGUCAUCAAGGAAUGUGAAGAAUGGGAGCUAAACGCAUGAAAUGACAUCACGCCACAACAAAAAAAAGGUCAAGUCGUGUCUGAUCUCCUACUUCGACUCUGCUCUUCUGUCUGGCUGCACUUCACACACAUCUGACUGAGGACCUGUGAACUAUGGAGAGAAGCGCGAAGAGAGGACAGAAAAGGAGUGAGGAUGAGAUGCUGAGAACAGAGAAGGAGGAAGAUAAUGAAGAAGUCCUGGUUGUGACGCUUGGACAAGAAGUGGAGAGCCAGGAGGAGGUGGAUGUCUGUGACACUGAAGAUGAAGAGGAGCAAGGAUCCACUCCUCUUAUGGCUGCCUGUCGUACAGGCAUGACUGAGGUGGUACAGAGGCUGCUGAGGGCCGGGGCCGAUGUGACCCUGUGUAACCACAGCCAGCAGACAGCGCUCCACAUAAGCCCCCCUGAGCUCCAGGGAAAACUGUUGGGGUGGAUGUCACAGCAUCAUCUGCCUCCCCAGACACAGAUGCUGCAGGCUGCCUGGCAGGGAGACCUGCACUCCCUACAGCACCUGCUGGCUCAGACCGACAGGGUGGAUGUGAAUGUUCCUAACUGCGAGGGUGUGACGGCUGUGAUGCUUGCUGUUAGGGACAUCGACCUGUUCGAGGGCAUGGCGGCACUGUUGCCAUGGGAACACAGACCUGUGGAAGUGGUCAAGGAACUACUGGGACUCUCAGCUGAUCUGAGGGUACGAGACCACAGUGGCUGUUCUGCUCUGCUCUACGCUGCUAACAUCAACAGCCCACUGAAGGAGGAGAUCAUGCAUAUGAUGGAUGAGGCCCUAAGUCAGACAGAUGCUGCGACCAUGUCACUCCUAGCCCUUGACAAGUACUCACACCAGGAUUUGGAGUCAGAGUUUGGAGAUUUGGAUGAAGAGUUGGACCUUGAGAACCUUUAUUGUAAUCAUCCAACUGCUGCCUCUCCCACACACACACCAACCCAUCGACACAGCUUUCUACUAUACAGCCACACAGGGGAAGUGCUGGAGUCUCCAGAGAAUUCUCCUCUAUCUGACCAUCACAAAGGCCUCGGCCAAGAUAAGGGAAUCCCCCUCUGUUUCCAAAACGCCAUGGAAACACUGAAAGACAUCAGGCAAGCCUACCAGGACGCAGGGAGGGGAAGCAGAGGAGGCUUGUCUCUGCCGAGCCUGGCUGACAACAGCAGACGCUGGAGUCAUCUGGAUCCAGCUCCAUCACCUGGUUUGCUGAGUACCAGGACCCCCUGCCUGCCUGUACCCCCUACACACAGGCAGAGAACAAGAAGUGUGGUUGCUGCAUCCCCAUGCUCCCCCGCCCUGCUGUCUGUGGCCGAACCCAGCCAGCUCAGCCAAUCAGCCCCCAGCAUCAUGGAACCACUACUGUGUUCAAGCACUAUGAUGCAGGCCAGAGCACACAUCCAGUCCCGACUGGGUUCUCAAGACACUGUAAAUGAACAAAAGUUCUCGCAAGGUCACUUGCUGGCUUUGCAUCCCAGAGCACCAAAGCUAUUGGCACCACUGGAGAGCAGGCCCAGAGACACUGUGCCCCUUCCAUCACUGAAGCACCACAUUCCCCUGAAACCCAUCAGCUGCAGCCCCCUUUGUUCGAGGACCCGGCUGAGGAGAGAGAGGCUGUUAUGGGGCAGUCCACGCACUGGCCCUCUGACCACAAAGGGUGGUAGUGAGGAGAGCGGAUCCUGCAGCAGCAGCCAGAGUUCCAUCGAUCUGGAGGAAGAAGAUGAGGAGGAUGAGAGGGAAAUACUAAAGACAGCUUCAGGAGAAAGCCCUGUGAAGUUUGCUGGAGAGAGACUGUUGGCACAUAAAAAUGAUGUGAGCUCCAGUGAGGCUGAUUUGGUUGGGGAGACACAGCAGCAUUUUAAAGUUCAGUCUAGGAUCAGUCAUAUUGCAAUGAUCCACAGAUCAGCACGUGACCUGGACGGAGAGCCUAUCAAUUAUGCAAGUGAUCCUCUCAGCAUUGAAAAAGCUAUAAACUCUCACUGUGAAGACAAAGCCACCAAUAUCAACUGUACAAAGGAACGUGGUGACUGUCAAUCCUUUAUAAAGUCUAACUAUGCACAACAAGGAGACGCUAUGAGGGUUGAAAUGCCUAUAACAUCAAAGUCUAAGGAGGAAAAGAACAAUGUGGGCUGCAGUCUGGAGCCUGAGACUGAGCCUAGCCAUGGGAUAACAUGUAAUAUGAAUAAUGACCAAGGUGAUGUUAUUGCAUCCUCUGAAGGGACUUGCAGAAUUGACCUGCAGCAUAUAAAUCAGACAGAAAGAACACUGAAGGAUUCCUUUCAAGAAGAAACCCGGGUAGACAAAUCAAUCCUGCAUAGGGAGGAUGUAAAGUUAACUACCAGCACUACUGAGGACAAUGUUCCAGUAUUUGCUUCAGCUGUAGACCUUCCACGGUCAGACAUGGAUCCAAAGAGAACAGAGAGGAUGUUGAAAGCCUUAAAGCCUGUUCAGAACAAGGGCAGAAGAACCAGCAUGAACCGUGAACUCAGAGCAAACAUUCAAAUGAACCAGCAGUCCUUCAAUGUACUGGCACACAAAGACCGAAGCACCAUUAAUCGGAACAAGUCCAAAAGCAAUCUGAAGUACUCCUCACUUUCCACACAAGUUAAAGAUAAAACCAGGAAAAGCCCUGAGUUAAUAAUCAGUGGAGAGACAGUCACAAAACUAAAGCCAAAGCUUAAAUCUGUUAAAGGUGCUCAUUAUAACACUGGCACCCCAACACCACGAAAGAAGGUUAUUGAUCAGAGCAAAAGAGCAAAUCCUGACAAGAUGACCAGCAAUAAAGCUCAACAGCAUCCACCAGUGAGGGAGCUGAAGAGUAGUCGGCAGUUGAAGAGACCCGGGCUCGUGGGGACACCGAGGUCUAAAUCUGCUGUAGACUUCAUCACCUACAAAGACAUGUUCCAGCAGAUACAGUGUGGGGAGGAAGGACCUGCCAUCUACGAGAUGUUUGCUGGUCCGAUCUAUGAUAACCUUCGAGUUUCCAGUUCCUGUGAGAAAGUCAAGGACAGACAAGUGCAGUCUGCUCCGUCUAGGAAGACUCAACUGUGUCAUAAAGUCAAACACAGACCAUUGAAACAUGCACAGAGGAGAAGCCCAGGGGAGAGUAUGGUGGGUUCAGCUAAAAGCAAACCAAAACUUCCAUCCUCUCGGGCAAAACCUCACCUCACACCUGUACCAAGGAAAGACGCACACAAAAUUAAGGAUAUGCCUAAAUCGGAUGGGCACACAGAGGCUGAGUUAGUUCUUUCUAAGGAGGUUGACAUUUGUCAUAGCAGUGCUCAAGAAAAGGCUGAAGAUCAUAUGUUAUCUACCAUUGAGGAGGCUCUUUCUAGAUAUGGAUCUGAAACAUUAAAAUCUUAUGACAAAACACUGACUAUGCCAGCAGCUUCAUCUCAUUCUGAAAGUUAUAGCCACCUGCACAUGAAAAUGCAAGAAAUAGGAAAUCCAAACCGACCAGUUCCUGAGCCUGUGCUAUCUCAAAGCCCCCAACAGCCUAAGAUCAACACCUGGACAUCUUCUAGCAGCAACGGCAGCCACACCAUCAUGUCACCAGUUUACCAGAAGUUUCUGGAUGAGGUAGGGGAUGGGCCACUUACAGACGAUCUGCUGCAAUGUCUGGCCGAGGAGCUGAUCUCAUUGGACGAGAGGGAUGUAUCUAUAGGACCUGAAAACCUGGCGUCCAACAAAGAAGACGAUCCUGUAUCAGGAAGAAAUACAUUUCCUGAGGUUAAGUCCACAGACAGCGCUGCUCUGCUUGGCUCUGGGUUGGUUGUGGAUGACACCAUCACAUGGACAAAGGGUGAAGUACUCGGUAGAGGAGCUUAUGGGACAGUGUACUGCGGCUUGACCAGCCAGGGCCAGUUGAUAGCUGUGAAGCAAGUGACCCUGGAUGCUUCUGACCCAGAUGCUGCAAAGAGGGAGUACAGUCGUCUGCAGGGGGAAGUGGAGUUGCUUAAAACCCUAAGACACACUAAUAUUGUGGGCUUUCUGGGGACUUCACUUAAUCAACAUGUGGUUUCCAUCUUCAUGGAGUACAUCCCAGGAGGAUCAAUCGCCAGCAUCCUCCACAGGUUUGGUCCUUUGCCAGAGCGUGUCCUGGCUCUAUACACCCAUCAGAUCCUGGAAGGGGUGGCCUACCUUCACCUGAACAGUGUGAUUCAUCGUGACUUGAAGGGAAACAAUGUCAUGCUGAUGCCCACUGGUGUCAUCAAGCUCAUAGACUUUGGCUGUGCGCGUCGUCUCAGCUGCUUGAACCACACUGCAAGCAACAGUGGAGAUCUGCUCAAGUCUGUCCACGGCACACCUUACUGGAUGGCACCAGAGGUUAUCAAUGAGACCGGAUAUGGCAGGAAGUCGGAUAUAUGGAGUGUGGGCUGUACAGUUUUUGAGAUGGCCACAGGGAAACCACCGCUGGCACACAUGGACAAGAUGGCUGCCCUGUUCUACAUUGGGGCUCAAAGAGGGUUGAUGCCCUCCUUACCAGAUGGGUUUUCAGAUAAUGCCAAGGACUUUGUAAAGAUCAGUUUGACAAGUGACCAGAGGCUCCGGCCAUCUGCAGAGCAGCUGCUGGAGCAUUCAUUCAUCCCACAAAGGAAGAUGGGAGCAAAGUCUUGUGGAACACAGAAAAGGAACUGCUGUGGUCACCCACAGGGACUGUAACAUGUAACAUGUUCUAUUGUGACCCUUUGAGAGUCUGCUACAUAUCCCCACUAAUACAAUAUUAGUGUGUUUGCAAGCAUGGGGCAAUGGGCUUGUGUCCCAUACCUUUCUAGAAACUGCAAUACAAAGAAUAUGAAAGACUGCAGUUGUUGCAUUAAGCUCAAGUUUAGGAAACUACGAGAAGCACUUACAUACUUCUAACUUUAAUAGAGCCUAUAAAUGUGAAAAGAUAGAUGUAAGAUUUUUGUGGGUUUGAAUAUUUCCUAUCACAAUCUUAUGUGCCAAUCUUAAUACCUUUUUUUUUUUUUUUUUUUUAAAUGUAUACAGUGUAACUCUAGGUCUCUUUAGAAAUGUGAUGUAUGUAGAUUUUGGUAAAGUGUCUAAUCCAUACUGCAGUAUCAUUUUCCCUUUUCUAAUGCAGAGAAUGUAAAACUACUUUGUUGGCAUUCCUCUGAUGAGUUGAGGAAUCAGUGUGUAAAAUUGUGCUUGAGAGACAUGCCACUGCUAAGAACUUGUCAUUACUAUAACAAACAUGUCUCCUCAUAUUCAAUUAUACAAAUCAGCAAGUGACUCUGUGACAUGGAUAUAUGCAUAAUAAAUUGACAGCGACAACCAGGGUUUGUACUGUGUCAGGGUAGUGGCAACUUUGAAGUUUAUUCAUAAUAUUGAAAUGAAAAGAAAAAAAGGAUGUAAAGAGUGGGUUAUGCUUUUUUUUGUUGUCCGCAGCUGCUUUUGGUCUGUGCGCCAAACGGUUCAUCCCUAUGAGGAUACAAAGAAUCCAGCCUCAGGCUUGCUAGGUGUUUUGCACACUCGUAAAUACAUAACAGUGUCAAUAACAGAGGGGAUGGUCUUGUCCAGAUUCGAGAACAAUAUAGAGUUUAAUGUAUGGAAGUGAUGUAAUGUUGUGUCCGGACAGGUACAUGACUGUAAAUGUAAAUGCAGCCAAUUGGAUGAGGACAUCAGUGACAAAACCUAUUAGGGCCGUCCAUGUUGCAGGUACAGGUCAUGUUGCAUAUGGCCUAUUGGUCACUGUUCUGACGACUGUUGCUCGAUUUUUUUUUUCUAUACCUAGUACCACAUUACUGGCUGAUUAAAUAAUACUUACAUGUACCCCCUUUAUGGGCUGACAUCUAACAGCUACAGCUUCAUGUUAAGAAAUUAUGUCUGAUGCACUUCAAAGGAAAAAUAAGGGUUAUGUAAACUUUAAUAGCACACUACUACUGUCUUUGUCAGUUUUGUUUUUCUUUUUGAGGCACAACCUUUGGCAUCCAGCUUAAGGUCUACUUAUAGGUCCAAAAAAAUAAUUUUUGGUACAAAUUGCAUCGUUUUGAUGUGAUAAGUAG